UGCUUUAAAUCACUCAGAAGACAACGCAGGCAGAGCUGCACAUCUACGCAUCCCUUCCAUUUCUUAAAUUAGCCACCUUAAGCUUCGAGAUACCGCCCCCAAUUUCAGUGUCGGUACGGAGCCGCCAGGCCGGGACAGAGACGGAGAGAGAGCCCUCGGCCAUGGAAGCGCUCGGACCCGGCCCGCCUGCCCCUACCUCCCUCUUCCAGCCACCACGCCGGCCCGGCUUGGGUACGGUGGGGAAGCCGAUUCGCCUGCUGGCCAAUCACUUCCAGGUGCAGAUCCCCAAGAUCGAUGUCUACCAUUAUGACAUCGACAUCAAACCUGAAAAACGGCCCCGCAGGGUCAACAGAGAGGUGGUGGACACAAUGGUGAGACAUUUUAAGAUGCAGAUCUUUGGGGACCGGCAGCCUGGAUAUGAUGGAAAGAGGAACAUGUACACGGCACAUCCGCUACCCAUCGGGAGGGACAGGGUGGAUCUGGAGGUGACGCUGCCGGGUGAAGGGAAGGAUCAGACCUUUAAGGUGUCUCUGCAGUGGGUGUCAGUGGUCAGUCUGCAGAUGCUUCUGGAAGCUCUGUCCGGUCACCUGAACGAGGUGCCGGAGGAUUCGGUUCAGGCUUUGGAUGUCAUCACUCGUCACCUGCCUUCCAUGCGGUACACUCCAGUAGGCCGGUCCUUCUUCUCUCCACCAGAGGGCUACUAUCACCCGCUGGGAGGAGGGAGGGAGGUGUGGUUUGGUUUUCAUCAGUCCGUCCGUCCUGCCAUGUGGAACAUGAUGCUCAACAUAGAUGUGUCAGCAACAGCGUUUUACAGAGCCCAGCCUGUCAUCGAAUUCAUGUGUGAGGUUUUGGACAUCCAGAACAUCAACGAACAGACCAAACCCCUCACAGAUUCACAACGUGUCAAGUUCACCAAGGAGAUCCGAGGACUGAAAGUGGAGGUCACACACUGCGGCCAGAUGAAGAGGAAGUAUCGUGUGUGUAAUGUCACGCGCCGCCCGGCCAGCCAUCAGACGUUUCCUUUGCAGCUUGAGAAUGGACAGGCUAUGGAGUGCACCGUUGCCCAGUAUUUCAAACAAAAGUACAGCCUGCAGCUCAAAUACCCCCACCUGCCCUGCCUCCAGGUGGGACAAGAACAGAAGCACACGUACCUGCCCCUGGAGGUUUGUAAUAUAGUGGCAGGACAGCGCUGCAUAAAGAAACUAACCGACAAUCAGACCUCCACCAUGAUCAAAGCCACGGCCCGCUCAGCCCCAGACAGACAAGAGGAGAUCAGCCGACUGGUCAAAAGCAACAGUAUGGUUGGCGGGCCCGACCCUUAUCUGAAAGAGUUUGGCAUUGUGGUGCACAAUGACAUGACCGAGGUGACGGGGCGGGUCCUCCCAGCGCCCAUGCUGCAGUAUGGGGGCCGGGUGAGUACAGACACUGGCAGGGACUGUAGCAGGGGACUCUCUCCCCAGAAUAAGACUGUGGCCACACCCAACCAGGGCGUCUGGGACAUGAGGGGGAAGCAGUUUUAUGCUGGAAUAGAGAUCAAGGUUUGGGCCGUGGCCUGCUUCGCCCCUCAGAAACAAUGCAGAGAAGACCUGCUCAAGAGUUUCACUGACCAGCUGCGCAAGAUUUCCAAGGAUGCUGGGAUGCCGAUCCAAGGCCAGCCGUGCUUCUGCAAAUACGCCCAGGGUGCAGACAGUGUGGAGCCCAUGUUCAAGCAUCUCAAGAUGUCUUACGUGGGGCUGCAGCUCAUCGUGGUCAUCCUGCCCGGAAAAACACCCGUCUAUGCGGAGGUAAAGCGUGUGGGAGACACUCUUCUGGGAAUGGCCACUCAGUGUGUUCAGGUGAAGAACGUGGUAAAAACGUCUCCUCAGACGCUCUCCAACCUGUGUCUGAAAAUCAACGCCAAACUAGGAGGCAUCAACAAUGUGCUGGUGCCACAUCAGAGGCCUUCUGUGUUCCAGCAGCCGGUGAUCUUCUUGGGUGCGGACGUCACUCACCCUCCGGCAGGUGACGGAAAGAAGCCGUCCAUCGCUGCAGUGGUAGGCAGCAUGGACGGACACCCGAGCCGAUAUUGCGCCACUGUACGGGUGCAAACAUCCCGCCAGGAUCUGUCCCAGGAGCAGCUCUUCAGCCAGGAGGUCAUUCAGGAUCUCACCAACAUGGUGCGCGAGCUGCUCAUUCAGUUCUACAAAUCCACUCGAUUCAAGCCCACGCGCAUUAUUUACUACCGCGGAGGAGUUUCUGAGGGCCAGAUGAAGCAGGUGGCGUGGCCAGAGCUGAUCGCCAUCAGGAAAGCCUGCAUCAGUCUGGAAGAGGAUUACAGGCCGGGAAUCACAUACAUCGUAGUGCAGAAACGCCACCACACUCGACUCUUCUGCUCCGACAAAGCCGAGAGGGUUGGGAAAAGUGGCAACGUCCCAGCAGGCACUACAGUGGACAGCACCAUCACACACCCCUCAGAGUUUGACUUCUAUCUGUGCAGCCAUGCUGGCAUCCAGGGCACCAGCCGUCCCUCUCACUAUCACGUGUUGUGGGACGACAACUGUUUCACAGCCGACGAGCUCCAGCUUUUGACCUACCAGCUCUGCCACACUUAUGUGCGCUGCACUCGCUCCGUCUCCAUCCCCGCACCAGCUUACUACGCCCGGCUAGUGGCCUUCCGCGCACGCUACCACUUAGUGGACAAAGACCAUGACAGUGCUGAAGGCAGUCACGUAUCAGGACAGAGCAACGGUCGAGACCCGCAGGCGCUGGCGAAAGCUGUGCAGAUUCACUAUGACACACAGCACACCAUGUACUUCGCCUGACCACAGCCAGCAGGAGGCGCACUUCUACACUCCUUCCAUCUAUAUCUAUUCUCUCUCUCCCUAUUAUCUCACUCUCUCAAUUUUCUCUCUAUCUCUCAGACUCUCUCACUAUCAUCUCUCUCUCUCUCAUGCUGUAUUUCUCUGUUAUCUCUCUCUCUCUUGAAGCGGGGCCGUCUGUCAGUCCAGUCCACAUUGUUCGGCCUCAGAAGAACCAGCCUCCACCAGCAGUCCUGCACUGAGGGGCCACUGACCUCCAAUGCACACAGAAAAAAAAACAAACAAAAUCAAAUUGAGCCAUUUUUAACUUUAUUCUUUUGUUUAUUCUUUCUUUCUAGUUUUGAUUUUUGAAUGUCUUUAUAAUUUGUAAUAUACACUGAGUGUGAGCAAAACCUGCGCCACCGGUCAGGGCAGCUCUGGCUCUCUCGGCUAAGCUGGACUCUGUCUACUUUUACCUCAAGCCGCCAUCGGCUGAAUCUUGUCUUUUUGUGUGCGAGGGUGGGCGGGGCUUGCAUGUUAACGAAGGGGGCGGGGUUUAACUUGGGGGUUUUGUUUUUGUUUUUCCUUUUUAUGACUCUCCUCAUGGUCUUUUACAAACGAGGUGACCUGGGUGUACAUACCCAUUACCCUGCUCCCAUUUAGUGUGUGUGUGUGUGUGUGUGUGAAUGUGUUCUCAUGGCAGGCCACUGAAUUGUAAAGGGAAAUCUAGGAGCAAACUGCUGUAAAUGCCUCUUCGUUUUUUUUAUAUCAACACACGCAUAGAUAUAUUAAAAAAAAAAUAUGUAUAAAUAUUUACAACUCUAUAAGCAUAUUCCUCUUGGCUCUGAUGAUAAGCUGAUGGUUUUUGUGUAGCAGUAGCAUUACCCAUGGUCCCUCCACGGCCGCUGGGGUUGUUUUUAAAAGCAGGCUUGUGUUGAUCCAGAAACGACGCAUGCGUUUUUGUUUAGAUGGUUAUUUUACAGGGUUUAAAUCUAAACAAAGGUGUGGCCAUUGCACAGUUUCAGGCGCAGCGCAGGCGUCUGAUUGGCUUGCGACAUACAGCACUCUCCCUUCCUUUUAUGCAUUUAUACAUAAGAUUCAAAUCAGAUUUGUAAGAGUUUAAUAUAAAUGGUUUUUUGUGGUAAACUUUAACAGUUUGUUAGAGUAGAUAAUCGUCGUUCUUGUCGUUUUAAUGUUUAUCGAUCAGUCGUCUGCAAAUCGCUCGUGUAACUCAUUGAUCCAGGAGUCAUUUGUGCUUGUAAAUGGAGAUUUUUAAGUUUCGUUUGUUUUUAUACGGCUUGUUUUCUUGUAGCGUUUGGUAUCGAGGGCCCAAAAUGCUUGGCUUCGUCCACUUUUUUUUCGUAUUCGAUCAAAUUUUAGCAUUAAAAUGACAACCCUGCUGAAAAAUCCAGCUAAAACCAGCCUAGGCUUUGACCAGCCUGGUUUUAGAGGGGUUUUGGCCAUUUCCAGGCUCGUUUCCAGCCAUUUCCAGCCUGGUAUUAGCUGGUCCGGCUGGAAAAUGACCAGCUAAACCAGCCUGGUUUAAGCUGGACAUAGCUGGUUUUAGCUGGGCUCCCAGCCUGGCUAGGCUGGUCAAGCUGGUUUUAGGUGGUCAUCACCCAGCCUGACCAGCUAAGACCAGGCUGGAAAUGGCUGGAAACCAGCCUGUAAAUGGCUAAAACCCCUCUAAAACCAGGCUGGUCAAAGUCUAGGCUGGUUUUAGCUGUUUUUUUUAAGUAGGGAAGUUUGUUUUGGAUAUUAGCAGCAAUGUUCAGCAGCAGUUAUAUGAAUUUUACACUUAACGUGUUUAUUACUUCUCUCUCUGUGUGUGUGUGUGUGUGUGUGUUUGUUUAUGAAUCUCUUAAUAAUAAAUUCUGGAUGAACUUUCUCGUGCGUAUUAAUCAUAGGACACAGAACACACACUUGCAGAAGCACUGCCGAGGGUCUCCAGCGCACACGCCUCGUCAGGCGGACGCUCGCUGAAACACUUUUGUAAUAAACCAUCCGUAAAGCAGCAGGUUUGCUAUGAAUGAGUUUGAGCACCAGCCUGUCGCUGGCGUGGACGCUGGAACCAAGAUCGUAGAAGAAAAAGGAAUUGAGCAACAUGCAAUAAUUGUAUUAGCGAACUGUCAUGGCUUCCGGAGAGUCUGGCUAUUGUGUGUUUGCGCGCACGUGUCCUUUUUUAGGCAGAUAUUUAAUUCCAGUUUCUAUCAUGAGUAUCACUGCAAAGCAAUAUUAAUAUAACCCGAGAAGAUGAAAACGCUGUACUUUUGAAUGAUUUUGGUCUUUGUGGAUGUUGGUUGGAUUCCUAUUGCCGUUUUUUGUGUUCAUGUACUUACUUUGCUUGUAUCAAUCAGUGGGAAUGUGCAUAUGGUGGACUAGCUCUUUUUGUUUUGUUCAUUUACGCUACGUGAAUUUAAUUUAAUUUGUUUUGGAGAAUUUAAAUGUGCUCGCCUGCAUGCCAGAGUAUUGUUCUGAUCUCUCUCUCUCGCUCUCUCUUAUGAAAUAUUUAUUAUGACGCAGUAAUUUUUUUUUUUACUAUGCGUAAAUCAAUACAGUGAGACUGUUUUGAGUAGCGAUGUUGUCCGGUCUCCUCUUUUACAGGAUUUUAAGAGUUCUUAUCAGCGGCUGAACGGGUGGAGAUGUCAGUCUCUGUGGGCUCCAACCUAAACGAGGUAGUUUCUUCAAUCAUUGGGUCGCCGAGACUGACAUGUCCGCCUGUUUGUUUCCAAUUAGGAGCCUCUGUUUUUUUCCCUCUAUGCUCUCCAGUGCAGUGGAGCCCCCUGCUGGCUCCAUGCAUUUCUGCUUGCAUGUGUCGGCCCCCGGGGGUCCCUGCACCAGGAUUACCUCUCUUUUUAUUUUUAAACCAUUCGAUUUAGAGAGCAUGAGUUUAUUAUUAUUAUUUUUUAAUUCCUAUUUGAUAUCUAUAUGGCUUUGUUAUUUGGAAAGACGUGUAAUUUAAAUUUUCGUUUCUCUUACUGGUGUGUAGCUUUUAUUUUGUUUUCCUUUUGUUAUUUUUGUGCUGUUUUAUUCUCGUGUUCUGAGCUGUGACUUCUUGUCCGAUAGCAAUAGUGGGCACUUUCUUUGACCUGCUUUAUGGAGGCUCCUGGAGCUCCUCCAGUCCCUGUGCCCCGUCUGUUGCUGUAUUGCUUUGUGACAUAUAAAAAAAUAAAGUUAAAAAAAUCCCCCCUUAUUUUUUUUUUUUUUUUAGCCUGCAGGGAAUAUUUGUGUUAUUGUGCAAAGUAAUAAAUUGGUAUUUUAUGCCUAUAACACACA